UGUUACCCAUCAGCAGCACUUUUGCUCCCCGCACCCUCCUGAACUCUUACAAGUUUGUUUUUUAAGGUGAACAGCAAAGGGGGAAAUGUAACUGGAAAGGAGAGAGCGGUGCAUGCAAUGUCUGGCCAACUGUCAAAGAAAAGGAACUAAAACAGCAUGUGUGCAGCAGAGUCGGAGGAGAGGAGGCAGGUGAGGGAUGUGCGCCAGACUGCUGCUCUGGAAACUUCAAGUGAAUCUGGAGCAUCUCCCUCUGCGGCCCUCCACCCCUCUGCUCUUCCUCCAUUCACCCCAAACAACGCCUCCGUUCUUCCAGCCACACUAUGCAGAUUGUUUCAGAGGACAAGCAAGAAAGAGAAACAGAUAGAGGCUGCGGAGGACAAUGAAACAGCUGGCUAUGUUAAAGCAGUUCAUUUUGGCUGCAGUUCACCUUCCAUCCAGCAGAGGGAGACUCAUCCUGUUUGUGGUUCCAAGUAACGACAACAAGUCAAAAUGGCGAUACCAGGACCAGGAAGGUCAGCAGGUGUUCUGUCGUCUGUUUCCCUGCAGAUCCUGCUGAAGCUGACUGCGGUCUACUUUGUGCUCUAUUUUCUCUUCACUCUGGGUUUGAUCAUCAGAAAGAGCCUGGAGCUGUCCUAUCCUGCUGACGCUGUCCUCUGUGAUGUCGGCCUGCUCUUCCUCCUGGCUGCUCUGGAGCUUCUGCAUUUCUUCUGUGGAGUGAAGGGGAACCUGACGGAGAGCGAGGGGUAUAUUCUGGGUAACCUCAUCGUGACGGGGACAACCAUCCUGCUCACCGUCUACUUCCUGGUGUGGCAGACGUACGUAGUGCGAGCAGACGUCAUCAUCAGCAGCGUCCUCCUCGUUGUCUACAGUUUAGAUGGAAUCCUGGCGUUGAGCACGUUAGCUCGACUCGCAAGUGCCUAUUCCUGAAGAAAUCCUCCUUUUCAUCCUUUUAUCAUCUUACUGCUGAACUCACAACAUGUCUAUUAUGUUUCCUAAUUUCAAGCAGAAAAUCAGAAAAUUGUAGUUUGCACUGUUGGUUUGGAGUGUAAAUAAUGUGUAUUCUUAUGAGAGAAUUGGUAUACUUAAGAUGUAGAGUUGUUGUCUCUUGUUAGUGGUCAAUUUUUUAACACUUAAACAUUCAGAAAACCUUUGUUUUUAAAGACAGGUGGUCAGUGAACUGCAGUCAGAAUGCUGCUGAUUGCAGUCUGUAAAAAUGUGCAGGUGAGCAUUCUUGGCAAAACACAAAAUGUGUGAUUUGUGUUAUUUUAACUGUUGAUGAAACACUUGAUCUUUUUCCUGAUUAUUGUUGUUUGGUCUAAAUGAUGGAAGAAAAGGUCGAAAAAAGUCGAUCAGAUGAUGUCCUCAAAUGUCCUGUUUUAUCCACAACCCACAGAAACUGCUAAAUAUUCAAGUUUUAGAAGUCAGAAUAAAAGAGUUUGGACUUUUUUUCCCUUUAAAAAACUACUAUAAAUUAUCAAAAUAGUUGACAAUUAAUCGAAUAGUUACAGCUAACCACUGCAGCUCGACAUAAAACUAAAUGUGACUGACCAGCAUCAUGUUGGAUCAGGAGGUAACUAAAGCUGUACUUUCAUUAUAGUUUGACUAUAAACUACUAUUUUAGACUUAGAUUUAGACUAACUUUAUUAAUCCCCAAAGAGAAAUGAAAUUGUUACAGCAGCAUGGAUUUUCAAUAAAGGGGUAGCCCAUAAGACAACACAGAAUAUUAGGGUAUAAAUUGAAGGUAAAAUAAAAAAAAUACACAUAUAUAGAAAUAUAAUAUAGAAAAAAAUCAACCGGUUAUACAAGAGUGAUACAGAAAAGUGCAAAUGAGAAUGUGCUUGGAAGUGCAAAUGAAUGUGUUUACAGAUAGAAUUUAAGGCUAUAUUUGACUAGCUUGUUCCUUUUUGUGGGUAUUGUGUUGGAGUCCUUUACAUAGAAAUAAGUCAACAUGCUGAUAUAAGCAACUGAGACGGUUGGGAAAAGUCUCAUUGACACAAAAGCAAUAAUAAAGUGACCAGUACAUGUAAAUUACUUUACAGUCUUACAUAAUCACCUGUAAGGUAUGAGGUCUACUGGGCUGUACAGGCCCCAGGGACAGAUUUGAUCAUACAAACGCAGGAACUGAUAUUUCUUAUUUUAUUCUGUAUAUUUUUUCGAGUGUGAAAUAAAAAAUCUAUUUGUGUUA